CUGACAGCAACGGAUCUUUGAAAACCUGAAAGUGAAGUUUCAAGUCCGUAAGUCCCUCCUCUCCCUGUCCCUGUCCCUCUCCGUUAAGUUAACCGAUCUGUCUCUCGCUCCUCUCUCUAUAAAAACCAAUCAAAGCCUUUCAAAACAAGAGGAAAACAGAGGCUUCCUACUUUCUCUUUAAAUCUCUCUACUUUAAGUUGGCUUUGCGUUGCAUUGGAGCACAUCCUCAGCAGCUUCAACCUUGAAUCUCUCUUCCUCGGGGCAAUUUCUCGUUAGGGUUUCUUGGUGGUGUUUUUCUUCAACGAAGAAAAGAUAUUUUCCCGCUUUGUUUUCUAUUUCUUGGUAUGGACUAUGAAGUUUGCUAUGGUAGUGGUACUGAUGAUGAUAUACCUCCAUCACAUCCAACUAGAGUUUCAAGAGGGUGUAAUAUUGCUGGAUAUGGAAGAUCUAUCGUAGGUUCUGCCUUGUAUUCUAGGUUGCAUUCUGACAUGGAGGCCCAAAUACAUCUACUUGAGCAAGAAGCUUACUGUUCUGUCCUGCGUGCUUUUAAAGCUCAAUCCGAUGCCAUUACUUGGGAAAAGGAAGGGUUGAUAACAGAACUUAGGAAAGAACUAAGAGUGUCAGACGAUGAGCAUAGAGAGCUUCUGACCAAGGUUAAUGCUGAUGAUAUUAUCAGAAGGAUAAGCGAUUGGAGACAAGCUGGUGGCAACCAGUCUUCAAGACUUAUUGCAUCUCGUCCUGUUCACGGUGUUUUAUCUAGUCCAACUGUUUCAGCAUCCCGCAAGAAACAGAAGAGAUCUCACUCGGUAACUUCUCCAACCAUUGCUGGUGCAACCACACAGGGUCAGUCAUUGCCUGGCGUAUCCUCAGCAAAGGCUAUGCAUUAUAGUUCUGCAGUUUCUGCUGGAAAUAGGCAAAUCAAUAAAUGUGGCUCCGCUGGUGGCCUUUCAGCAAAUGAACAUGCUGAAGGAGCAACUUUUGAUCCCUUAAUUGGAAAGAAAGUGUGGACAAGGUGGCCUGAAGACAACAGCUUCUAUGUAGCUGUAAUAACUGAUUACAAUCCCUCUGAGGGGCGACAUGCUCUGGUUUAUGAUAUAAAUACAGCAAAUGAGACCUGGGAAUGGGUUGAUCUCAAAGAGAUUUCUCCAGACGAUAUCAGAUGGGAUGGUGAGGACCCAGGCAUAUCUUAUCGAGGAGGGCAUGUUUUCCAUGGAGCAAAGAAAUCCUUCAGUCGUAGUGCUCGUGCUCCAGGUCCUGGAAGAGGCAGAGGUCCAGUGAAGGGCCAAUCCAGAAAAGAAUUUUUGCCAUCGCAGAAUGGUAUUGCGAAGAAACUUUUGGAUGAUAUUGAAUUGCUUAACACAGAGACCCUACUAAAGGAGGUGGAGAGGGUUUUUGAUACAAGUCAUCCUGAUCCUUUGGAGCUUGAGAGGGCAAAGAAGAAGCUGAAAGAGCAUGAACAAGCACUUAUUGAUGCUAUUGCGAGCCUUGCUGAUGCGUCUGAUGGUGAAAGUGAUGGAGAACAACCAUUCUCUUGUGGCCAACCAAUAGACCGGCUGUGACUAUGGGCACCAUCAGGGUACCAACUCAAAUGCUGGGUUGUACUAUGAAAGUCCAAAAGAUUCAUAAGGUUGCAUCAAAUUGUGGUAGGAUGCGAAAUGCAAUAGAUGAUUAGUUGGUUUUUCUAUUUAUUUCAAAAUUUUCCUUCUCCUUCCCUGAUCAUUUGGUUGAGAACUUGGACAGGAAUGUAAAAUUAUUCUUGUCAGUUCAAUGUAGAAAAUUUUGAUUUUUGGCUAAAAUGGCUGCAGUCUAUCGUGCACCCCUUGUGAAAUUCAUGUCAUGGUUGAAACCAAGCUUGCCACGAUAUUUUUCCAACAUAUGCUUU